UACUCGCUUUUUACUGACAUUUUCUGCAGUCUGCGAACGCAGCAAUAACAACGCGCUGACGUAGGCGUUACGUGAAUGAAACGACUGUUAUUCGAAAUUGAACCGUGGCGCGUCCAGGAGGACAAUCAACGAUGUCGGACCUGGGGGACAUGAGCCAGCACCUUCAGGACAAGAUCUCCUCCCUGCGACGCUUGGUGGAUCUGUCCGCUGCUGAACUGCCUCAGAAUAAGAUGAAGAAACUGGGGAAAGAGUUGUUUUUGCUGGAAGGACUAUUGGAGGAGUUUGAAAAAUGCGUCGACGAGCAGAAGGAGCAACUAAAGCAUCUAAAGAAACUUGAGCUUCUGUUCUCGAAGAAUGUGGAGGAUCUCCAGCACCUUAAGGAUAACAUGCCUGCACACAUGCCCAGGAAGAAAGAACCAUCCAAUGAACCUGUAAUGGUCCAGAAUGGAACAUCAGAGGUGCAGAAUGCUCCACCGCUGAACACCAAAAUACCCAAAAAACGCCACAUCAGAGAGAUGGACUUUAUCACUAUGCCAGAGUUUGAGGGCAUUCCUCCGUACAUGAAAGGACGUGCAUCGUACGAUCAGCUUAAUGCUGUGGUCCAAAGCAUUAACACAGCUGUAGCAGCCAAGUAUAAGAUCCUUCACCAGUCAGCAAAGUCUCUUAACAAUCACUCUCGCAAGCUGCACCAGCGCUUUAAGGAGCAGGAGACAAAGGAUACGAAAGGCCAUUUUUUUUUGGUGGAGGAAGACAUUCGUGAAUUCACUCAGAUGAAGGUAGACAAACGAUUUCAGGGAAUACUGAACAUGCUACGACACUGCCAGCGUCUGAAGGAGCUUCGAGGGGGAGGCCUGACCCGCUACAUGUUGCUGUGAAGCCUCGGUCGGCUUGAUUACACUCGGAUGGACGGUUUCUAGUUCAUCCAAAAUUAAUUUGUUACACUGACCCUGACUUUGAUAAUUAGACACACAGAAUGGCAGUAUGUGCGGUAAUGCGUUGAUUAACAAUACAAUAUGUUCAUAUUCACACACAAAUAAAUAGAGGUUUUACUUGUUUGUUUUUGUAAUAUAUUGUUGUGGAAUAAGUGAAAAGGUUAAUCUGUGUUUUCAACAAAAUAAAUAGAAUCUAAAAUAAAAAUAUUAAUUAUUGUUUUAUAGGUCAAAUGUGUUAUAAAAAGUUUAAUCACAAUCUAUAAUUAGUUAUAUAUGAAUAAUUUUAGUAUAGAACUGCUGGUAUUGUGAUGUAGAUUCAGGUCAGGCUGCAGCAUUCAGUCACCAACAGGUUCCUAGUAAACUGCGAUGACUAAUAAUUAUGAAAAACAUUUCGAAAAUCUCUAGAAAAUGUAGACAGCAGGGUUGUCUAGACAGUGAGACAGACUGUACUUAAUGUAUGUAAACAUGUUUUCGAAUUCAGCCUGGGUCUGAGCAGAACCAAGCCACUGUUGUAAGUUAUUUGGUAACUGGUUAUCUAGUGGUAAACUACCAUGUAUGCUUUUUAAAUAGAUUAAACUGAAGUGAGUUAACUA